AUGGAGGUGGGCGACCUGCACAAGGUGUGGGAGAUCCGCGCCCUCAAGACUCUGUCCGCACACUCCUCAACCGAAUGUGAAGAACUUGUUUCAAAGGGUAUCACUGGGCCAGGACAAUGCUUUGAUGGCACAGGCAGGCGAUUAGGUGGAUUUUCAAUCCAUCCACCACCACCAUCUCUUCCGAAAGCUACAGUAAGUGCAACACGGAAAUGGGCAAAGAAUGGAGCUCUACAGCCAUCUGUGCCAAGAAAGCUGGGUGGAAAUAAUUAUGUUAUGAGUGCGUUGAGUCCAGCACAAGCUGCUGCCAUGGCUGCUGAAAGGAGAAUGCAAGAUGACUUGUGGUGUGGAUCACAUGACCAGUUUGGCAUUGAUGAUUCAGAAAAUAUUGUUACUCUUGAGCAAGCACCUAACUUCACUACAAGGGAUAGAAAACACACAAAAGCCGGAAAAAACACAAAGGUUGUGUUUUCGAGCAGUUCUGCAGAGUCCAGCACUUCAUCUGAAUCUCAAGUCGCAGCACCAGGGGAUUCCUCUUCUUCUAGGACAACUGAUGCGGGCAUCAGUUCUCUGUGGGAGUCUAGUGCUUGCACUCUUCUAAAUCAGGAUCGCACUUUUGGUCAGGCACCUGCUGCAAUGUCUUGUCUUGUUAGUAGCUGUUGCCUCUGUUACCACUGCAUUUCAAUCCUACCGAGUUGCAGAGAAGAACAUCAAGCUUUAGCUUGGUACUCCAUUAGUGUAUCCAAGGCCUAUUAA